UGACUACUGCAGUAAACAGCCUUUAAGUAGCUCUUUGUAUAAGCUUACACACAUACUCAGUGCAGAGACAUGUAGACAGUAUAGGGAAAGACUGCAGACUUGACCCACGUCUUAUGUUUUUUCCCCCUACAUAUAAGUAUUUGCUGCACCAGACAUCAGAGAUUUAGAGCCAGUGAUUCAGCAGCCAGCAGGAGACAAAAUGUUCUUUGAAAAUGCCAACCUGCAACACCCCCGUCGCCACCACGAACUCUUUCUGCGCACUCGACCCUACAGGGGGGAACCGCCGACAGUGGCAGGAUUUCUCCUCUACCCAGACACUCCUGCUAAGAUGGAGACCACGUCACGAGAGGCCUUCUGCUUCAGGCCCAUCCCACAGCAUGACUUUGGCAAAGGAGGCCACAUCGCCAAGAACACGCAGCACGAGUCCCACUAUUCUCAUCUCACAUCCUCACGACAAACAAGAAGAGGAAAAAGCAGCAAGGACGGGGAACCAGGAGAAGAUGAGCAAGAAAGCUACCACGGUCACACAAAGUCAGCAGCGGUGAAAAACCAACAAGACACAACAGAGAUGCAGUCUCAGUACCAGAAGGAUUUCCCUCCUCCAUCCUCCUGCCGCAGGAGGCGAACACCUGCCCUCCCGCAGCCCGACAACAUCGGCAUCAACCCCGCCUUCAGGAUCGAGUUCAGCACGGUCCAAAGAGAGACUUUCCCUGGCUGGCCCAUCCUGAAUCCCAGGGACGCUGGCAGGCUGAGAGCAGCUUCACCUGGACAACCAAACAUGAGUCUGUAACAUGCAGCACUUCAGGGAAUCAGCAUGAAUUUGGCAGGACAGUCAACAUUUUCUCACUGCUCUUGUGGUCGAUCCGAAUCUAUAUAAUAAAAGAAAACAUGUCAAAAACA